CUGCCGCGCCUGCUGCUCCUGCAUUGGUGUCUCCCCUAUGGACGAAAACAGCCCUCUGUCUCCCAAGGCAAAUGCUUUCAGUAUCGCCUCUCUGAUUUCAGUCGCCGCCGCCGAGCAAGCAGGGAAAGGAGAGCUGGAGGAGCGCCGCGGCGGCCGCAGCGCGCCCGCCCGCCCCGGCUGCCACCCUCAGAAGAUGCACUUCAGCACCGUCACCAGGGACAUGGAAGCUAUCUCCAGCCCCUGGCUCACCCAGCUGUCCCAUUUUUGCGAUGUUGCAGCUUUCACGGCCAACAGCCUGAGCAGCCUGAACGCCUCCGGGGGGUACCACCUCUCCCCCUCCCCGGGGGACCCGUACGGACAGCAUGAACCGCCGCACUACGAGCCCUGCACGGCUCAGCAGCACCCGCACCCGCCGCCCCAGCCCCAGCACGGCUACCCUUUCGGCGGGGCGGCGGCGGCGGCGGCCGGGACCAACCCGCCGCCCGCAGGCCCCGAGCAGCCCGAGGGCGCCGGUGGAGCCGCUGCGGGGCCGGCCGCAGUCUCGGGCUGCCCUGCGGGGGCGGCCACCGCGGCCAAGGCGCCGGUGAAGAAGAACCCGAAGGUGGCCAACGUGAGCGUCCAACUAGAGAUGAAGGCGUUGUGGGACGAGUUCAACCAGCUGGGCACCGAGAUGAUCGUCACCAAGGCAGGCAGGCGCAUGUUCCCCACCUUCCAGGUGAAGAUAUUUGGGAUGGACCCUAUGGCUGACUACAUGCUCCUCAUGGAUUUCGUCCCAGUGGAUGACAAGCGAUACCGGUACGCCUUCCACAGUUCCUCCUGGCUGGUGGCUGGCAAAGCCGACCCCGCCACCCCCGGGAGAGUGCAUUACCACCCGGACUCCCCGGCCAAAGGCGCGCAGUGGAUGAAGCAGAUCGUUUCCUUCGAUAAGCUCAAACUGACCAACAAUUUGCUGGAUGACAACGGGCAUAUCAUUUUGAACUCCAUGCACAGAUACCAGCCGCGUUUUCACGUGGUCUACGUGGACCCCCGGAAAGACAGCGAGAAGUACGCGGAGGAGAACUUCAAAACUUUCGUCUUCGAGGAGACGCGCUUCACGGCAGUGACCGCCUACCAGAACCACCGGAUCACGCAGUUGAAGAUUGCAAGCAACCCUUUUGCCAAAGGAUUCAGAGACUGUGACCCUGAGGACUGGCCCAGGAACCACAGGCCAGGGCCUCUUCCUCUCAUGAGCGCUUUUGCCAGAUCCCGGAAUCCAGUCUCUUCCCCAGCCCACCAGAAUGGGACAGAGAAAGAUGCUGCCGAGAGCCGGCGGGAGUUCGAGCGGGAGGCAGGCGGGACGGCGCUGCACCAGGCCGAGGCCGCGCACCAGCAGCUCAUGUCCCGCGUGCUCAGCCCGGCGCUGCCGGGCGGGGGCGGCGGGCUAGUGCCGCUGGCCGGGGCGGGCGGCGGCCGGCCCAGCCCGCCGCACCACGAACUGCGCCUGGAGCCCGCCGCGUCGGAGCCGCUGCACCACCAUCCCUACAAGUACCCGCCGGCGGCGGCCGCCGCCUACGACCACUACCUGGGGGCGAAGAGCCGGCCCGCCCCCUACCCCCUCCCCAGCAUCCGCGGGCACAGCUACCACCAUCAUCAUCACCACCACAUGAACGCGGCGGCUGCGGCGGCGGCGGCCGCCAACAUGUACUCGCCGGCCGGAGCACCCGCUGCCUACGACUACGGGCCCCGGUAACGGGGUACCGGCGGCACGAGAGACACCGCCCUCCCCCUUCCCGCCUUCCCCCACCUCCCGCCUUACGCGUGAGCUGAUUGGUCAGCUUGACAUGAUCGACAGCCAGACAGCCCAAUCGCCGGCAGCCGGGCCCCGCCCCGCGCCCCGCCCUGUGGGGGCUGUGAGGGCGGCGGUGCCGGGAGCUCCAUCGCGGUGUGACCCGCGGCUGCACUUUGAUAAAUGAAGCCAUAUGUCCUUAUCUCUCUAUUCCUCCGUUCGUGCCGGGCACCGAGGACCGUCGGGCGGCUGGGAUGCGGUGGGAGGACGGUGAGGCGGCAGCGGUGAAGUGACAUGUCUCCUCUCAUUCGCCCUUCGGGCCUCGUGAUGGAGGUUUGGUGUUACCGGUGCCCACGGGGCCUGUACGUGAGCACCGAGCAGGGGCUGUGGGGCUGGCCGUGAGCCGUGUGUCGUCCUGCACUUGUCGGUGUCGGUCUUUCCCAACCCGGGGCACACCGGGGCUGGUUCACAGGUGGCUCAGGUGGUUCUUUGAGGAGAUUCUUGAGGAAGCAGAGUUUAGUUUAAGGGAGUGCUUUGAAUCCUCACUGCCAGAACAAAUUUCCCACUUCUCCUCCGACCCUGACCCAUUUGUAAGUUUUGGGGUUCACCGGGAUGCCUCAACCAUAGCAGCAUUUUCUGGAGCUAUUGAGAAGGGCCUAUGGCCAAGAGCACAGGCACAUGCAGCUGUGUUUGCAUCUUGUUUUCCCAACAAUACCUGCAAAGGUUUAAAAACCAGCCUGGGGGUGGGGGAAUAUCUGCAGAUUUCAGGCUGUGUGUUUCCCACCUGCUUCCCAGGCAGCCUCACACAGUUCUGCCUUCCUGCAUCCUUUCCUGAGCUCUUGAAUACUCUCCCAUGGAGGUGCCUUUUAAAGGGACUUCAGGGUUUUUUUUCUCAGACUGGUUCACCCCUUAUAUUUGGCUGAUCCAAACUGCAGUAGUUCUAAAGCAUCUUUUCUGCAUUACCUGCUUGCUGCAUCUUUCCUCUUAAUGCUGGUAAGUACUUUUUCCUUUAGUAUCUUCAUUCAGUAGUCGUUCCUUACUGCUAAAAAGAUGGCCCUGUUCAUCACAGUGCUAUAGUGAUGUGUUUUGAACAGUUGGCUUGUGUUUUUGUCAGAUACUCACCAAAGGCAGUUCCUUUGUGUUCAGAGGAGGUAUUGAGCAGCUCCUCAUCUGUGUUGGUAUACAGUAUUAUGAACACUUUCCUGACUCUUCCACAUGACUCCAUUAAAAGAUGGGGGUUAUUUCUUUUAAAGCCAUCUAUUCAUCCAUGUUUGUGCAUUUUCAUUACAAAUUCUUUAAAACAUGUUCUUUCCCUUGUGCAGGUGGCAGUGUUAAUAGCAAUGUUUAUUUUGUCUCUGGCAGUGGGCUUUGGGCUUCCAAAACCUUUUUGGAAAGGUUUAAGAAGGGAUACAGCCUACCAUGAAUAUUUUAUGUAUUUUUUUCUGUUAAAAAAAUAUAUCUGGAUCCAUAAAAAAAGACUUGUGCAAGAAAUAUGUAUUUUAUUUGACAUUUGCAGUGAAUUGUGAGAUUCUUAGUGUCUGACUAAAGCAUAAUGUUCUCAGAAAGGUUGAUGUAAAAUAGCCUUGUGCUUAUUAUUAGUCAGUGGGAAAUGGCUCUCGGAUGUGCUCUAUUGCUAUUGCUUUGCCGCUGUUAUUUCAGAGUUUUCAGUAUGAUUUGUUAUCUGUAAACUGAUUAGUGCCAAAGCUUUGGUCAAACGUUUAAUGAAGUUGUUAUAUUUAUUAUUUCCUUCAAAGAUUAUACAAACCCUUUUUUUCUUAAUAGUUGCAGUGUAGGAAAAAAAGUGAAGACAACCAAAGAAUCAUAUCUGCAAAGUGUAGAUACGUGUAGAUAUUUGUAGAUAUAUGUAGAUAAUCUUAUUUCAUUUUAAUUGAAAAGACAUUGAACAGUGACAUUUAUAAAUAUUUUUCCUCUUCUUUCUUUCCUUCAUUUCUUGUUUGAUUAUUUGUAUAUGUUUGUCAGUUUGUCUCCCCUACAAAAUGCAGUUAAUUAAAUAAGGAGAGUUCUUAGUCUGGGCAAACAGUGGCUUUCCGUAGGUGAUUGCUCCUUCUCUUCUGUCCCUGGUUGCUGCAGGUGCCCAUGGUUGUGGUAAUCUAUCACAAUACAACAGGUUGCAAGGUUGGGGUUCCCAGGUGAAAACAGAUCUGUUUGUAUUGCUAAGCAC